GGGGAGUGCAGGAAGGAGGAAGGAGCUGUGAGAGCUUUUGGCAGACGAGCAGCUGCAGGUCAUGAGGUGAGGACAGGAUUAGCUCGAGGAAGGGAAUUCUGCUGAAGAAGAGCCAUGGCGGAGGCGAUUGUCAUGAGCAGAACAGCGUUUCUGCCUGCGCGGACACUCCCUCGUUCUGCGGGCUGGUGCAGAUAUGGCUCUGCCCAAGCGCAGGUGUUGGAUUUGCGUGUGCCGGCGAAAAUUAGAAUUCCUGGUGGAGCAGGGCAAGCUCGAAUCACUUGCUGGGGUGAUCGUCGGGAAGCUGCUCGAAAUGCGCUGGAAGGCGCCUUAGGUGACAAGAAGGAGACCUUCGAGAAAUGGAACGAGGAAAUCAAGAAGCGAGAGGCUGGCGGUGGCGGCCCCAAGGGCAGGGGUAGAGGUUGGGGUGGAGGAGGAGGAGGUGGUGGAGGAAGUGGCGGUGGUGGUGGUAAAGGUGAUGGAGAUAGUGAUAAUGUCAGUAAUGAGGGGAAAUGGGAAGAAGCAAAGCAAAUUGCGUACGCUUUUGGUGGAUUGGCUGCCCUGUACCUCAUUCUUACCGAGGGCAAAGCUAUGGUCGCUCUGUUCAUGAAUUCGGUUCUCUGGGUUUCACGAGGAUUUAAGCGCCCUGCUCCUAGGCGCCCUGUCCUGUCAGGUGCUGAUGGGAGAGGGAGUGCGGCCGAUGACGUGAGAAGGAAAUGGGGUUCAGAUGAUUAAGAAUGCUACUGUGUUCCAAAUGUUUAGAUAAGAAAUCCGACAACGACACAUAGGUCUAGUUUCAACCAUAGAGGCAUGAAUGCCAUUGGAAGUACCUCGAUUGCAAGCAAACGGCGAAACAGUUCUUCUAGAUUCCGAGCAGAGUGAUCUUAUGUAAUUUAGUUGUAACAAAAGUUAUGGAGUACACAUCAUACAAUCGUACAACUUUUCCAACGUGA